AUGCGUCCUAGACCGGGCACAGAUGAGGACGCAGACGCAGCAAAGAAGACGUUUGGAAAUCUGGGAUAUAAAGUCACUGUGCACAAGGACCUCACCAAGAAACAGAUAGAGACAGAGCUGGAGAAAGUGUCUAACCAGGACCACAGUAAAAACGCAUCUUUUGUUUGUAUGAUUCUGAGCCAUGGAAAUGAGGAUGGAAUCUUUGGGACGGAUAAACUCAUCACCCUGGAAGAUAUCACCAAAUAUUUUAAAGGUGAUAAAUGCAAGACCCUCGUAGGAAAACCCAAACUCUUCUUUAUCCAGGCAUGUCGUGGUAAAAAGUUGGAUGAGGGCGUGAUCCUCAAAGGUGUGGGAGAGGCAAAUGGGCCACUUCAACAGAAGAUCCCGGUGGAGGCAGACUUCUUCUACGCCUACGCCACAGCUCCAGGUUACUACGCAUGGAGGGAUGAGACAGAUGGCUCCUGGUUCAUUCAGUCUCUUUGUGGGAUCCUUUCAAAACACAAAGACCUGGAGCUGUUGCAGAUCAUGACUCGAGUGAACAGAAAAGUGGCCUUUGAGUUUGAGUCUUACGAACCCAAAGACCGGAGUUAA